AUGGGAAAGGCUGGAAAAUGGGCAAAACAGUGGCCAGACAAGCAGGCCGAGCAGGACUAUGGAUGGCAGGACUACUCUGCCUACUACAAGGAUGCACCUGCCCGGCAACCUCGACGACCGCGAGAAGCGCAAGGGCCCAGCUUCCCACAGUACGAUGCGAUGGUGAUCCGGGAGCACAGGAAUGGCAGGCCAGAGAACCCUCCCUCUACCGGACCACAGAGUGCAGGAGCUGGCGAUUUCCUCCGUACGGUCCAGAAGCUGACCAACAACCUACGCCGUGCGGAACUUCGCCUGAGAAAGUGCUCCGAGGAGCAGCACCAGGUGAACGAGAAAUGGGAGUACCGCGAGUACAGCACCAAGUUACAGAGCGACCAGGAGGAUGCAAAGCAGCAUCAGUCGGCGGCCAUCGAGGAGCUAUACAAGUUCCUCGCCGACCCGACCCAGUACAAAAGCACCCCGACUCCGGAUGCACCGCCGAAGGAGGCGCUGGAAGAAUGGGAGCGUCUCAUGCGAGGAGCAGAAGCAGACGGCGACGACGGCCUCUCUGGACUUUUGGCUGGGGCCCUUGGCGGAGCUGGGGCGCGAGAACAGGCGACCAAGCACAUGCUCGAAGUCCUGAAUGCCCAUCGACGCGGACAACAAAGAGAACGAGAGCGUACCCCCCCUCGCAGAACCUCAGAAGCUCUACAGAUGACGCCGCCGGCACCGACAGGGCACCCUCGCUCGCACCCAGUCCUACCGCCAGAUGUAGGCUUGGAAAACCCGGACGUGGCGAUGCGGCCCAAGGACGAGCCCUACUUGCCAUCGCCGGGAAGCCGCCACCUGCUCCCCUCGCCAGGGCAACGAGCAAGGACAGUACAUCCGAGGACUCCUCUAAAGGCCCAGGGACGGCAACCCCUCCAAGCUCCUUCCACGGCUUCCUCCUCUUUGGCGGCAAAGCUGGAGGGCAGCAGGGAGGCACUUCGCUCCGAGUUCCCGGGGCCAGAAGAGGAGAAGGUGGAUGGCGAGGACCAAAUUAUUGGCAACCUCAGGGCAGCCAGUGGACCACCGGGCAGCCAAAACAUCGUUCCUUUUGGUUUUGGUCUGCCGCCACGACAAUGUCACUACGACGGGGAGUAUACCAUGGUUGUGGAUGACCCCCGCAAUGCUGCGAGGCUUUUUCGGCCAGUCCUCACCCAGCAGCACGCAUACUUCUGUGGCCGCCAACUACUUUGGGGCGGACCUGAUAAGGAACAGCGGACACACGUUCCUCUGCUUCCUUCAAUCUCGAAGCCAAGAGCACCGCCUUGGCCUACGGCAACUUCCUUUGGGACUGCCAUAUGGUGGGACAUCCUUGAUGUCCAACACUGGGCCCUGUCAUCCUGUUGGCAGCGGCUCCAGUAUUUUCUAAUCGGAUGCGAACAAUGUGGAGCAUCCCUCUCCCUGCCCUUCUUCCUCAUUGUCGCGAUUGUGGAGAUGAUCGUCUUGGGGGCCCAGAUGGUGUGGUCACGUCCCUUCGCGACCCAGCAAAGAGGAAAAUGUUUCAGGGCAAAGUGGGUCUACUUUGUCUGUCCCCUGGCUAUGUGUGCUUGCACGGCACAUGCGGUCACUCCGGAAAGGCCACAUGGGCAGGUUUGGUGGCCGGCCCGCCUCCCGCCACCAACGGACCUGGAACUAUGGUGCAGUGGUCAGUUGACGGUGUCGGAGCAGCUUGCACUAGCACUCCAGAGAGCGAUUGGCGAGCGUCCCCUGGAAAGCCAGGCGCUUUGGCCAGACAACAUUGGGAGAGAAGGGCCCCAACCAGUGCCACCACCUCCGCUGCAGAGGGAAAUCGCCCAGGAAGAGCCCGAACCGUGGCUCAUCGACGAGGACGAGGAGGACACCACCCACAUCUCCUUCCGCCUCUUCUCGCCCCACUUCGAGUCGGAGUCCAUUGACAUCUCGUUGACCUUCCCACUUGUGGCUGAGGAUGUCCUCGACUUCCUCAAGGACACGGCGCGAGUCAUUACAGCCCCCUGGCUCACUACGGCGGCCUUUACGCAGCCCCAGCUGCACAAUGACUACGGCAGUGUGGUCAUCCUUCCAAGCUGGCUGAGGGUUUCUCCACAAACGGUUUUGGUCCUCGAUGCGAGUGAGAUCGGACAAGGCCAGUUCGCCUUCUACCACAAAGGCGACCUCACAAGGGCCCAUGUCCUCCAGCAACUUGAGGCGAUCCCUGACUUUGCGAUCGAGAUCUUUGCAUUUGGACGCCGAACCCCGAUGACGGAGACAGAGGCCCUUGAGCCUGUCCUGGCUGGAUUGAUCAAGGUUGUCAGGAGAGGGACGCUGAUACAAUGGGCCUCAAGUAUCGAGCCAAGACUCGCACUACGAGCAAAUUGGGACCCGGACACCCCACACCCCGACCAUGUGGGUGGGUCUCAUAUCGCUUUCCAGACCUCUACGGAUCAGAAGCUCCACCGGGUUCUCCGCGAUGACCUCUUCACCCCCCUCGGCGUGGCGAGCGAGAUCUUCGAUCGGGAGCAGCAGCAAAUCUGGGUCCGCGCCCCUACGAUUCGGCCUGUUGGUCUCUACUGGAAGGGUAGACGGGUGCACUCCGUCAUUGCUGUCGUCGAUGCCUUUGAACAUCCUCCCAUCGACUCCUACAUCGUGACUCUAGAUUUGCGAGGAGUUGGACUAUGGCCGAUUUGGGUUGCCCUCCAGCAAAACUGCUUCUUCCCGGGCGACGUCAUUGAGGCCCUCGACAUCCACUUCUGCCAGGGCUUCUCCUUGGUUGUUACGGGAGGGCGAAAAGGCCGUACCCCGGGCCUGCUCUACAUCCAGGACGGCGACCUCCUCGAAGCUUCGCUGCGUGCUACGGCAGACAUUACGCCAACCCAGCAUGAAGGAGGAGAGAGUGAAGAUGAUGAUGAAGAGGAGUCGGACAAUGGCGACUCAGACUCAACUCGGGAUGUGCUCCCAUCGUCUGACGAGCUGCCAGACGCCCCCUUUCCGACGGGGCCGGGCCAUCCUGCCUCUGGAGUGCAACCCGAGAUCAUCUCCCUCAUCGACCACUUCCCCAAAAAAGACGUGGAGUGCUACAGCCGCACUGCAGACCUUCUGACGGCUGUGCUCUCUCUUUGUGCAAGCCACGGACCUCCUCAUCUUCGGCUGUACACGGACGGCUCCUGGCUUGAAAAAGAAGGCCUCGGUGGCUUCUCGGUUGUCGUCGUGCUGGAGGUGCAGAAUAAGUGUGCACUUUUUGGGGCGAUCUGCGCUCAGACACAUGGGAACGUUGGUUCCCCAUGGCCACAAGCCGGCCCCCCGGCCCUGCGCAAUGAGCAGUUUGCGUUGGCCAGUGCUAUGCUUUGGGUGUUCCAAUCCUUGCCCUGGAUCGUGUUCGCGUCGAUCACCAUCUGCUAUGACUGCCUAGCUGCUGGCAUGGCAGCUUGUGGGGAGUGGGCCCCUGACUGCGAGAUGAUGCAGCGAAUACGCCACCUGCAGCUCUGGCUUGUGCAGGUUGCAGGAGCACCAGUGGCCUUUGAGCACGUCAAGGCACACAACAACCACCCUAUGAAUGAGCUUGCUGACUGUAUUGCUAAGGCGGCAGCAGGCGGUGACCUCUCAGGACUAGCCCCGCCUGAUGAAGUUGUGGCCUUUAUCCUUGAGAACAACCUCUCCUGGAUGGCACCUGCUUUGGAUCCCACUCAGCAGCAGGCGCUUCCCUUUCAAACUGGCGGCAGCCUACAGUGGGAACCGGAAGCCAACUUUGCUGCCUUCCAACUUCGACCCAGUCAGCUUGUCCCCACUACGACCAAGCAGAUCGGGCGCCAGACCACAGCAACUACGAGCAUUGAAAUGGUUGCGAUUUCCUUGAACGCCCAAGGCCUCCGCGAUAAGUGCCGAUACCUUGAAGAGCAGUUUACAGAGGAAACCUGCCACAUUGCUUUCCUGCAGGAGACAAAGAUGCCGGAACAAGACUUCUACGUGGUCAAAGAAUCCCCGCGCCUCCUGGUGGUUGAGGUCUCCGUGGCUGGUCUACGCUUUGUGCUCUUUGCGGCCCACUGCCCACAUUCAGGUCAAAAAGCAGCUGCUGCCGAGUUCCUCAGCGACCUCCACUCCGUGCUGGCCCCCCUCAAAGGUGCUCAUGUGAUCCUUGGAGGUAUAGACUUGAAUGGCAGACCGCCCGAAUCCUACGAGCAGGUCACUGGGGAACUUCUCUUCGGCGACCCGGACGACACUGGCCAAGCUGCGGUAGCUAUUUUCCAUGCCCUUGGUCUCUGGAUUCCGGCUACCUUCUCCCAGUUCCACCGAGGGGAAUCCCACACAUACAGGCAUCCCCAAGGGCAUCUUCACCGCCUCGACUUUGUGGUCCAAGGGGGAAAAUGUGCUGUACAUCAGGUGGACAGCAGAGUCCUCUAUGGCCUUGAUGUCGGCGGUUUGGCUGAUGAUCACUGGGCGGUUCGGUCUGCUUUCGCAGCCACCAUCCCCCAGGCAGGUGAGCAGACCCGCCUGUGGAGGCCCAAGUAUAACUUGGGAAAACUGACCAGCAAGGAGGGAAAAGCCAAGGUGUCAGAGGCCAUGCUCGCCUACCGCCCACCGCCGUGGCAGACCCACCCUGAUGAGCACUGCCACCACUUCACCUCCUAUGUCCAAGGCAUCCUCGAAGAGCACUUCCUCAAGCAGCCGGAUGACCCGAGAGCUGAUUACAUCCCUGACAAGGUUUGGCACCUACGCCAAGCUAAACUUGACCUGAAACUUCGCACAAGGAGCCGGUCCAAUUUGUGGGACAGCCUCCUCCACAGAGCUCUUCUCCAGUGGCGACAUGGGGUCAACAUGGGGGUUGAGAAGCUCCUGAGCAAACAAGGCAUCCUCUACCAGCUUGCUUCGACAGCAGUCGUCUAUGCCACUUCCCUGAUCAAGAAGGGCAUCCGCACAGCCAAGGCAGACUACCUGAAGAAGUUCGCUGCUGAAGGAGGGUCACACCCUGCUGACAUCCUGUGCCACCUGAAGAAGGCUGGACUAGGGGGCUCCAAGGUGAGAAAGCCUCCUCGUCAACUUCCGCUGCUGCUGGACCCCGCCGGGAAGCCUGUCAAAACUAGACAGGAGCGCGACCUGUUGUGGCUUCGCCAUUUUGGCAAACAGGAGCUUGGACAGGUUGAGACAGUCCACCAAUUCCUUGCGAGGGACAACCACCCGGUCUUCGUCGAUCAGGACCUGCAUUGGCAAACGACCGACUUGCCGAGCCUCACAGAGAUCGAGACGGUCAUCCGUCUCGCGCCCAAAGGACGCGCCACCGGCCUAGAUGGAAUUCCAUCGGAGAUACUGAAGGCUGCGCCAGGCCCGAUGUCCGCUGCACUGCAAUCCCUCUUCACCAAAGCUUCUCUGAUGCUUUGUCAGCCUCUCCAGUGGCGAGGAGGAAUAUUGUAUGAGUGCUGGAAACAAAGUGGCAAGAAAUCCGACCCGGCGUCCCACCGCAGCUUGUUUGUGUCUUCGACUGUCGGCAAGUGCUUCCACAAGGUGACGAGAAGGAAGAUCCAGGGUCUCGUCAAUGAGGGGCUACAUGAAUUUCACAUGGGAGCGAGGAAGGGGCAACCGGUCCUCUUCCCGGCGGCAGACAUCCUGUCCUUCCUCCGACGGGCCAGCUCAAGGGGUCUUUCUGUCGGCAUCCUCUUCUUGGACGCCGAGGCGGCCUACUACAAGAUAUGUCGCGAACUCGCCACGGGCACCAUUGAAACCGAUGCCGUCGUUGUCUCCAUCCUUGAAAGAUUCCGUAUACCCCCAGAUGACCUCCACACGCUGAUGCAAGAGGUCUCUGAAGGAGGGAUGAUGGCGGAUCUGGGCGUCCCACCUACGAUUCGCCACAUGGCCAAAGACCUCCAUGCGAACACUUGGUUCGUAUCCCCGCACGGGGACGGGAGCCUCCUCUCGCGCACAAGUGCGGGAAGCAGGCCUGGCGAAAGCUGGGCGGACGUAAUCUUCAGCUUCGUCUUCGGCAGAGUCUUGGCCCGGAUCACGGAAGUGGCAAGGGGUGAACAACUUCUCGACAGCAUUUGUGCCGACACUUCUGAAGGGCCAUUCGCGGCUCCAGGCAUGGGUGAUGAGGCCUGUGCCAGUGACGCCACUUGGGCUGAUGACAGCUCGUGGGCCCUUACGGACAGGUCCCCAGUUCGCUUAUUGGACAAGGCUACGCGGCUCUGCUCAGUCGUCCUCAGCCAAUGCCAAAGCUACGGGCUUGUCCCGAACUUGAAACCGGGCAAAACAGCCCUGCUGCUCCGCCUGUCCGGCAGCGGAGCAAAAGGAGCUCGGCGAAACUACUUUGCGCAUGGUCGCCGCACUGUGCGACUUCAAGAUGUGGCCCUGGACGUGCAGGUCACAAAUCACUACAAGCACCUCGGGGGCAUGGUUGAUGAUCGCGGCUACGGCACUUGUGAGGCCAAGCGAAGAUUGGCCAUUGCUGCCACUGCUUUCGACAAGGGCAAGGACCUCCUCUACCACAACACUACUAUCCCCCUUUCAGUGCGUGCCUCCAUUCUACAGGUUGCGGUGACCUCUACGCUGCACAACAUCGCUUUGUGGACUCCGACGGGACCGCACUGGGCACAACUAUGUGGAGGAUAUGCACGUUUGGUGAGACGGCUCCUGAUGAAGGAUGUCCAUUCCGAGGCCCUACUGCACAUUCCAGCCGUUUUCGCCUUUGUCGCAGCAGAAUGUCCGCCGCUCCCCUUGGUCGCGACCAAAGCCAGACUAUCUUUGCUUGUUUCGCUGGCAAAAACCGCCCCGGUGGCUCUGUGGGCAGCAUUGCAGGAGGAGCAGAGCUGGCUGGACUUGUCAUGGCUGUGCCACGGGGACGAAGACCGGUGGCCAGCCCUGGGUCCGGCACACUGGCCACAAUGGCGGAGUCUCCUCUGCGAUGCUGCGGUGUGGUUCAAAAGGCAGGUGGCGAAGAAAGUCACAGCAGCCAGUGCCGCCUACUACAAGGAGCAGCGAGUUGCACUGUCCUUGUGGGCCAUCUACCGUAAAGCCUGGGAGCAUUUGCCAGAUGUGCACUUGCAAAGCACGCAGCAUGUCUGCCGGCCUUGCGCCAAGACUUUCCGUACAAAGGGGGCACUGGGUGCCCACUUUCAGAAAACCCAUGGCCGCUGUGCGAAGUACCGAUCGGUAGUGAGUGGUACGAUCUGCCACUCCUGUGGUGUCCAGUACUGGACGGUUGGACGUCUGGCCCGGCACCUGAGAGACACUCCGGCCUGUGUUGCGACUCUCCAGGCCAAUGGCGCGACGGUCGAUACGCUGGUCCCCGGCAUUGGCAGCCGAUUGCGACGCAAAGCCGACCAGGAGGAGUACCACCCAGCGCCACCUACGAAGGUUGCCGAGCAAGUGCAGCGGCAAGGCAGCGAAGAAUGGGAUGCGGUACAGAAGGCAGCCCACUUUGCCCUCAGUCAAGCACUGCAGACGGAGGACCUACCAACCGAUGCGGGUGAGGCUCUCUGCCUCAUCCAGAAGGUGUUGAAGGAGUUCCCGCUCUACUCCGACGAAGCCCAGGCGAUUGUCUUCGAGCUCUCGAAUGAGAUCUCCCUGGUCGAGGACGAGCUUCUUCAGGAAAGCUGGACGCCGGCUGUCAGCUCAGCGGUCCGGAAGGCCGUUGACACCUUCCUCUCCACUGAAUGGGAGAUCGGGCGAGAUGUCGAGGGACCGCGGGUACCACCAGUCACCUUUGAGACGGCCAUGGGCGAGACAAAGGGCUUCGACUGGGUCACCAUCCUCUCCCAGCUCGAUGAAAAGUACGGGACCCGGCACGCUUCAGCUUUUACACUGCCCCCUGACUGGGAAGCCGAAUGGUCAAGGCGUAGUGCUGAAGUUAGCUCUUCGGCCGUGCUAGAACGAUUGUGGUGCUGGAUCCCAAAGGUCUUACAGGAGGCAUGGGCACACUUCCUAAACGGAGGAAGAGUACAGCUCUCAGGCCCUGCGGACUUUUGGGCGAGCCCACUUGCGGAGCCAUUUCGAAGCUUCCGCUGCGAUGUGCAUACUAAUUAG